ACGUCUUCUCAGUUGGUGCUACGCAGCGGCAGGCGAAGGUAAUCGUGUACGAUCUCGGUCACAUCAUGGCUCCAAUUCUCGGCUACUGGGACGUUAGAGGCAUCGUCCAGCCCAUCCGCAUGCUGCUGGAAUACACGGGCACGCGCUACGAGGAGAAGCUCUACGUCUGCGGCCCCGCCCCUUCUUACGACAAGUCCUGCUGGCUGAACGAGAAGGAUUCCUUAGGACUUGACUUCCCUAACCUGCCUUGCCGCACUUUCCUCAGAGUCGCCGUAUUUACCUCACAGCUGCCGCAUUUACCUCAGAGUCUAGUAUGGUUCAUCCCAUAUAUAGUCAUUUGUUAUAUGUCAACUGACUUUGAGAGCGACAAGGCGGCAUACCUCGCUGGGCUUCCGGCGAAGUGGAAGUCUCUUUCCGACUUUUUGGGCUCACGGAAAUGGUUGGCCGGCGACAACUUGACGUACCCAGACCUGAUCGCAUACGAGCUGCUGUACCAGCACCAGGCCCUCGCCCCGGGAUGUCUGCAGGACUUCCCGCUCCUGCAGGACCUCAUGAGGAGGGUCGAGGGGCUAAAGGGCAUCAAGGAGUUCCUACAGACUCCCAAGUGCAAGGAUAUGCCCUUCAAUAAUCCUGUAGCGCACUUCGGGGGGCGCGCGUCGAAGUGAACGACGCGCAAAAAAAUAUAACUCGUACUCACUGCAAUAACCUUAAAAAAUAUAACU